ACACACACCUCUCUGCUUCCACACACACACACACACACACACACAGUCUGUAGGUGUGUAAGCAGUGCAGCGAGAGGAGAUGCGCUCCCUGAGUUUUGUACAGCGGGUGUGUUUGGACUUCACAGGCUCGCUCUUCCCUCACGCCAUCUGUCUCGGAGACGCAGAUAACGACUGUUUGAAUGAGCUUGUGGUCGGCGACACGAGUGGGAAGUUGUACAUCUAUAAGAAUGAUGACUCCAAGCCCUGGCUCACUAGAUCAUGUGUAGGAAUGCUGACCUGCGUGGGAGUAGGAGACCUCUGUAACAAAGGCAAAAACCUGGUAGUGGCUGUAGGUGCUGAAGGCUGGUUCCAUCUGUUUGACAUCGCCUCUGAUGUAGCCAAAGCUGAAUCCUCCAGCCAGCCCGAGUGGUUAUUUGGAGAUGACCAGAAGCCAAGUUUUACCCAGCACAUCCCUGCCAACACUAAAGUCAUGCUGAUUAGUGACAUUGACGGUGAUGGCCGCAGCGAGCUUGUUGUAGGCUACACUGACCGUGUGGUACGAGCUUUCCGAUGGGAAGAGCCAUCUGAUGCGACUGACCUGACUGCUGGUCAGCUGGUUUUGUUAAAGAAGUGGCUCUUGGAUGGGCAGGUGGACAGUUUGUCGGUGAAUCCGGGUGCAGAUGGCAGACCCGAGCUCAUGGUGUCUCAGCCAGGCUGUGGUUAUGCCAUUCUGCUCUGUUCCUGGACACAAGAUGGCGCUGCAGCUGCAGCACCCGGAGAGAGCCGUUUAACUGCUUCUGCAAGAGGAGGGUCCUCCAGAGACGUUGUUCUUCAUCUGACCACUGGCCGCAUUCAUAACAAGAACGUGUCGACCCAUUUGAUUGGCAGCAUCAGUAGAGGGUCCAAGGGAGACGACUCUAAAGGAGGCUUAUUUGCUCUCUGCACUUUAGACGGUACCCUGAAGCUUAUGGACAGCUCGGAGCAGCUUCUUUGGUCGGUGCAGGUGGAUCACCAGCUCUUUGCACUGCAGAAACUGGAUGUCACGGGUGACGGCAGAGAAGAGGUGGUGGCGUGUGCCUGGGACGGCCAAACGUACAUCAUCGACCACAACCGCACAGUGGUCCGAUUCCAGUUUGACGAGAACGUGAAUGCAUUUUGUGCCGGCCUGUAUGCGUGCAAGCAGGGCAGGAACAUUCCAUGUCUGGUGUAUGUGAGCUUCAGUCAGAAGAUCUAUGUGUACUGGAGGGUUGAGCUGGAGUGCAUGGAGCCCACCAGCCUGCAGAGAGUACUGGAACAGAGGCCGGAAUACACAGAUCUGCUGCACAAACUGGGAGUGGACACAAGUGACGCAGAAGCCGUUCGGAAGCUCAUUGGAGAUUUACUGUACAGAGAUUCAGAACAAUAAGAGAUAAAAGAUGUCAAAUGCUUUUUGUAAAUGUUUAUUUGUAUUAGAAAUAAAUAUCAUCAAAUC